CUAGGUGACAGAGCAAACAUUUUAAAUGUAAAUCAAUAAAGCUGCUGCAGCAUAAUUUUAUACCAGGACAACCCACUUUCAACGUGUCCUAAAAUUUGUUUCAAGGAAAUUUCACAAGGUCGCACAGUCGGACAUAUUUCAACUUUGAAAAAAGAAUUAAUAAAACACUAUGUAAGCCUUAAACGGAAAGUUAUAUUUGGUGUCAAACAAAGUGUUCAAUAGCUAAAAGAUAGAGUGAAUAGUUAAACAAUUCAAGUUGAUCAAAAUGGGAUUGAAACAAAAAGAUGGCUGCUGCCGAAAAUUUAUGAAAUUUUUAUUCUCCCAUGUAGGACUUUGUUUUAUGGUAGUUUUAUAUUGUGUUGCUGGUGGCUUUAUCUUUGAACAUUUAGAGAAAAACAACGAAGAACAAAUUUGCUAUGACUCACGUGAUGAAUACCUGGACAUGGAGGAGAGGACAUUAAAUAAUACAAUUAAAGUAAUUAAAGAACAAGAAGGUAGCGGUCAGACAGACGUGUUGGUUAUUCAGCUUCAGAGCAUACUGGCCACAUUCCGUGACAACAGCAUCGCCAUUGGGUAUGACGGAACCAACUGUACCGCUUACGGCGAAGAAGAUGGUCCUAAAUAUAAGUGGAGCUGGUCUGGGGCCUUAUUCUUCUCGGUUACUGUGAUAUCAACAAUCGGGUAUGGUCAUAUAGCACCUAAAACAUUCUGGGGACGAUUGGUAUGUAUUGCUUAUGCUGUUUUGGGGAUCCCUCUGAUGUUGCUAUGUCUGGCCAAUAUUGGCGAUGUUCUAGCUGACAUUUUUCGAUUUAUUUACGCCAAGAUCUGUUGUUGUGGCUGGUGUAGACAAAAGGAAACAACAAAGGUUGUUACAAUCAAACCUGUUGCAAAGGAACCAGAAGGAGCGUGGAACAGUGAUAAAUCUAAGAUAAUAUCAGCGUCAGCGCCAAUGCAGACUGACUAUAAUAAAACUGAGUUUUCGCGUCUGCCUUCCAAGACUGCGGAAGGCGUAAAAACUGGAGGACUUGGUGGAGAUCAACCUAAACCAGUAAAGAUUGUCCCACUGGAUAUAAAAUCAUUCAAGACACAACACGAGCUUGCGAAUAGAUCUCAACAAGUAAGAAGUGAACCAAUAGUAUGCGACGAUGAUAGCGAUGAUGAUGACGACGACGACGAGUUUGAUGACAAGAAGAUAACAGUACCGUUGACCGUCACAAUGAUUGUUAUUGCAGGGUACAUUUUUGGAGGAGCAUUGCUGUUUGGAUUAUGGGAAAAUUGGGAUAACCUACAAUCGGCAUAUUUCUGUUUCAUUACUCUCAGUACCAUAGGGUUUGGAGACGUAGUUCCAGGAACAGAUUUCGAUAACCCAACAGCAACGGCGCAAAUGAUUCUUGGUGCAAUAUAUGUCUUAUUUGGAAUGGCUAUUUUGUCUAUGUGUUUCUCACUCAUGCAAGACGAAAUUAUAGCCAAGUGCAAGUGGGUUGGUCAGAAACUUGGCAUACUCGACAAAGACGACUGAUAACUCACUCAUUUAUAUGAGCUUCACUGUUUUCGCUCAUUGAGUAAAUGAUUUGAACGUAGGGAAAAAUCACACGAUGACAUUUCUGAUAGUAGAAUUAGAUUCCAAAAGAAUAGCAUAUCCUUCUUUAUACAAACAAAGAUUUAUAUUUACAUUUAAUUGAACAGAAACAUUUGUGCGAAACGAUUAUGAAAUUUUCAUUUGUAGAUGUGAUAAAAAUGAUUUUGAAAAUUGCAAUACUGACAAAACGAUUGCAUCUAACUAUAUUCGUAAGUGAAGUUUUUUUGUAGCACGGUUUGUUAAUAGUAAACAACAUUAACAUCAUAUGGAUGCGAUGUUAUAUACCUAUACAAGUAUGAUAUACUGUGAUCGACGAGAAUGAAAUCAGUUUAAUCACAUGACUGUACAAAUCAUAAAAUUAUUCUUUUCAUUGCAUUUACCAGGAUUUACAAAAAUCAAGUUAUAAAUUGAUGUGAUCCAGUUGAUAUUUUAUUUGUUAGUGUUACUGUUUGUGUGUGUGUGUACCUAUCAUGCAUUUGUAUACAUAGUGUAUUUUUCAUAUUUUUAACUAAAACUUGUUAUAUUAAUACUUACGUAUUUCUGAAUAGUUAACACUUAGCAGUUUGUACGCCUCUCGUGUAAUACUAGUACGUCUACCAUAUUUGAAUUAAAGCAGAAAACGUUGAAUACUUUUUCCUUGAGGAUAUAUAUAUUCCUUUUCUUGAGUUUUGAUAUUCUUGUUAUUUUUUAUAACUCAUGUUCCAUAUAAAUGUAUUCAGAAAAUUUAGAAAUAAUUGCAUACAUUUAAAUCCCGAUUUGGAAGAUUUUCAGGCUAGUGAGGGUGGACAGCAAAUAUCAUUUUUUUUGGCAUUCGUUAUUUUAGGUGCAUUAUUUUUAACAAUUUAUGUGUUUAUUUUGUAAUCGUCUGAUUGUUAAAGGCAAUUGCUCACUAUUUAUCUAAACACAACCAAACCAUCUGAGAGUUAAAUCAUUUUGUGACUUCCUUGAGAAGGACAAUACUUUUUCAUCAUUACGAGGAACUCAUUUUAUUGAUGUAUACGUACUGCUUCAAGUCAUUUUAAGGAGGUAGACCUUGAUUAAGGGAAAUAACUCUUAAAAUCAUCAGUACGUUUGUGUCAACCAUUUUCAUAAAUAUGUUCUAAGCUUCAAGUUACAUAGAUUAUUUCCAAUCUGUUUCAGGUAAAUGCUUAAAAAAUGCAUUGAUGAAACUUGACUUUUACAAACGUAUAACUGACUUAAAGAGUUGUCUCCCUGAACCAAGGUCUAUCCCCUUAAGUAGUUGUUUUUUCUUGUUUGAGUGAAACGUUGUGAAUGUUCUGAAAUUUUUCUUCACCGCUGUAAAAAGUACCUUCUAAAUUUAAAGAAAGGGGAGGAUUGUCGUUUUCGAUGUAGAAAUGCUUCAGACUUAAAUUGAUAUGAGUUAUUUUUGUAAUUAAAGUAUCAUGACAAUUGCAAGAUGUUAUAAAUUGUAAGUUUUCCGGUGAAGAUUUAUUUCAAGACUAGGCAAAUAUAUAUAUAUAAAUAUUUUUAUAAUAUUCUUGUUACAUUUGUAAUGUGUCUAUCGACGUUUUCUCGCUUGAGGUAUUUGAUUUAGCGAGAAUUAAGAUGUUUUUAUUUGUAUUUGUAGAGGCUGUCUCCGUCCAAUUAGGAAAUACUAUUUUUCCACAUUUACCCAGUUGUUGUUCACCAUUAUAAACUCUCUGAUGUAUUAUUACGGACAAAUAGUUCCGGUAAAAGUAUUUGAAAUUCAUACACUAGUAACAUUUUCUAUUUUGAGUUGGUGACCAUAUCGCUUUAUAGUUAAUUUAAGAUCGAUAGGUUGAUGGCAUUAUGCGGUAGACUCACUGACAGGGUCGACAGGUUUUAAAAGUUGGCGGGGUGGACAAAUUUUUAAUGUUAAUGGGUCUACAGAUAACAACAUUGGUUUACACGGAUUUUGUCUCAAUGCCUAUAAAUCUCAUGAAAUAUUUGCCACUGGACAUUGAGCAACCAACAAUAAAUCAAUGGAAUGCACUAUAUAUUUUACAUUUAAAUGUAUGAUUAACAACUUUUUAUGUAUGCCUAUUUAUAUAUAUACGCAUAUCCUACGUGACCCAAAAUCUCAGGUCUUUGAAUCAUACCGUGAACAGAAAUGUACACGAACAUUUGUUUUAUGAUAAAGUUAAGUUUCAACAUGUAAAAAGAUAGGAUAUUCUCCAAUAUACAUUAGAACAAGUCAGACGGAAUAAACUAUUUGAUAAGCACUAUAUUAAUUGUGUGAUUCUUAUUAGGUAUCAACAUGCUCAGAACUUGUCACCCAGUUAAGACUAUUCUACAUAGCAAUAUAACGUAUUUGGUAACAUUGUGGAUUUUGGGUUGCUGAUGGAUAUACGUGAAUCUAACCCAGGAAUUUUCUGUAAAUAUGACUUAUUCACAAAGAAAACCGUCCAAUUUUUACUUGUUGAAUUAUUUUUAUGUUAUACAUUUGUAUCAAAAACAAGCCUUUAAUUGUAAAACAACUGCUGACUAAUUUUUAUAUUAUUUUCAGUAUUGUUCAUACAUAUAUUUAUAUUUUAAUUGUUUUUAAGUAUUAUUUACUUUACUGAGAUUUUAAUUUCUAUAUUUUUGUAUUGUGUUUUAUAGGCACGAGUCACAAUAUUUGUGAUCCUUUAUUUCAGCACAUUUAAGGUCAUGUGCACUUUAUUUCUUCUUAAUAUACAUAUUUUCGAAAAGUAUGUGAUUGAAAAAAACUAAUGCUUUAUUUCACGGUUGAUGACGAUCAUUAUUUGGAUUACAAUUAAUUGAAACUGUUUAAGAUUCUUGAGACUGUUAUCAUAAGUAACCCAAAUAUACAGUCGUUAUUUUUCGAUGCUGUACGAUUGUAACGUUUCGCAAGUAGGAGAGAUCGCUUACGUGCAGGGAAUUACUUGUGUUAGCGCGAAAUGCGAUUCUUUCUUCUAUGUCAAAUACAGGGUAAUUUUUAUAACGACUCCACACAGUGCUAUCAAAUACUCUUACUCAAAUCAUAUUGGAACUAUUUAUUUUCUCCUCAGUAAUCGUACAUCCUAUUUUGUUGGUCCCUUGUGAAUUUACAAGUCUAUUUCACAUCAAUGAAACAUUUCUCUAGCUUUCAAACUGUUACAUAUAUAACUUGUAAAUAUUCGCGUUUUUAUAUAUUUUUCCUAAUAAAAGUUAUUCGGUUAAAAACUUGUAUACUCGCAUGUAAUCGCUUGUUCUAUAAAUGUUGAAGUUAAAACAGAAUACAAAGUCAAUGUAAAGAAUCGCUAGUACAAAGUAAAGAUACUUCAAAAUGCUGAAUGUAUGCAUCGAAACAUGCAUGUAAAUUUAUCAUUGUGCGUUAAUAUAUAGAUACUUGAAGAAAUAAUUGAAAUAUAUAUAUUCAAAUAUAGAAAAUCCUAUUUUGAAUAUAUUUGAGCUUAAAAAUAUGUUGAUGAAUUUUAAAUAAGGUUUUCUUAUAGCAUCUAAAAAAACACUAUUAUCAUUUGACCUUUAUAUUGAAUAAUUAUAUCAAACCAGCAGUGCAAUGAUUAAAGCUAUCAAGGCAAUGUCAUGGAAACAAAACAAAAUACAAUUUCGCACAUUAAGUCAGAGAUUAUCUUUAUCAUUUUAGAAAAAUAGUCUAAAGCACAACACUGUAAUUGAUUUUUAACGUUGAAAUCAAAAGUAAUUCAAUCUAUAACCAAUGAUAUCAUUUGUAAUUUUAAAGGUAAUGAAAUGGUACACUAGGUUUCAUAAUAUUACAAUAGGGUAUCUAUAUAAUGUGAAUUUCAAACUUUAUUAUGACAUAAACCCAACGAGAACGAGGUCGUGAAGAUAUAUUUUUAUGCUGAUAUAUGUUGUUUUUCUUGUUCCGUCCUUUUCAACUUGUCUGUGAUAAUUUAAUAUUACAAAGAUUAUAAUAAACUGUUAUUGUAAAUAA